AUGCCAGUAUACAGGGUUCGUCUAGAUUUACAGUUGCAUGGUAGUCGAAUUUGGACACGCGGCACUGAAGGACAAAAAAUACUCUUAAAACAAAACUGUGGUACAAUCUAUGAGAAACACCCACCAUAUCAUUUGGUUUAUUUACCAUUUUAUAAAUUUUGGAAUUAUAAUGAACCACUUUCUUCUGCUCGAGCUGCUGGUACUGUUCACUGGACAUAUUAUACAGAAAAAUUAGAUGGUACACGAGAUAUGACCACCCCAGAAGAACUAGAGGUUGAUAUCGGUGUACAAAAACCUCGAUUAAUUCCAUUUUCGUCGUUCGACGAGUGUUUGAAAUAUAUGAACCAAAUGCGUUUUGCUGAAGGCAAAGGUAUAGUAGCCUGUGAUCUCAAAACAUAUGAUCGAAUAAAAUUAAAAGCCCAUCGUACUUGUUUGUACCGUUGGAAUGGAAAACAAAAACAAUCAAUCUAA